UCGCGCGGCCCGAUGGCGGCCCCGGCGCAGGCCUGUGUGACCUUCGAAGACGUGUUCGUGUACUUCUCCCGGGAGGAGUGGGGGCUCCUUGAAGAAGCUCAGCGGUUCCUGUACCGGGAUGUGAUGCUGGAGAACUUUGCGCUCGUGGCCUCGCUGGAUUGUUGGCGUGAGGCGGACAGCGCGGAGGCCCAUACUGAGCAGAGUGUUUCUGUUGAAGGAGUGGCUCGGGUCAGGACUCCCAAGUCAGGCCUGUUUAUCCAGCAAGCCCACCCCUGUGAGAUCUGUGACCCACUCUCGAAAGACCUAGUUCCCCGGGCUGGACGACAGAGGUCACCGCUUGUGCAUCAGCUGCAGAGGGACGACCCCUGCCGGAGCGAGUUCUCAGUCAGUGCAAACUUUCGCCUGCACCUGGAGCCACCUGAUGGAGGGAAUCCCUUCGGAGGCCGUGCAGAUGGGGCCUCGUUUGGGAAGAGCUGUGCAGUCCACAGAGGGGGACCCUUUGCGUGCGGGCAGGACGGAAUGGACUUGCUAGAUGACUGCGGCCUCUUCCAACCCCAGGCCACUCACCGCGGGGUGAGAUCAUACAAAAGGGCUGAGCUCACAGAGUCUUUCCCCACCGGCUCCCGUCUUGAGCAGCACCAGGGUGAUCCUGCUGGGCUUCUGCUUUUCACCUGCAGUGACAGCGGGAAUGCCUUUCUCGACACCUUAGCUCUCCUUGACAACCAGAUAACUCGUCCUGAGGUGAGACCCUUUAGAGGCCUUCCCUGUGAGAAUGUGUCCAAGGAGAAAUCAGCUCAUGCUAGUCACAGAAAAACUCAGAGUGGAGAAACAUUACAUGUGUGUGAGGAGUGUGGAAAGGGCUUCGUCCACCUGUCCCACCUGAAAAUGCACCAGAAGUUUCACCCGAGAAAAAGACAGCACACGUGCAGUGAAUGUGGGAAAGCCUUCAGCCGCAAGGAUACCCUCGUGCAGCACCAGAGAGUGCACACUGGAGACAGGGCUUUUGAUUGCAGUGAAUGUGGAAAAGCCUACAGCCGAAGCUCGCACCUUGUGCAGCACCAGCGAAUCCACACCGGGGAAAGGCCUUACAAGUGCAGUGAAUGUGGGAAAGCCUUCAGCCGGAAGGACACUCUUGUGCAGCACCAGAGAUUUCACACUGGAGAGAGACCUUACGAGUGCAGUGAGUGUGGGAAAUUCUUCAGUCAGAGCUCCCACCUCAUUGAGCACUGGAGAAUUCACACAGGCGCAAGACCCUAUGAGUGCAUUGAAUGUGGGAAGUUCUUCAGCCACAACUCCAGCCUCAUCAAACAUCGCCGUGUCCACACAGGCGCGAGGUCUUACGUGUGUGGCAAAUGUGGGAAGGCUUUCAGCUGCAAAGACACGCUUGUUCAGCACCAGAUCAUUCACACCGGAGCGAAGCCCUAUGAGUGCAGCGAGUGCGGAAAGGCCUUCAGUCGGAAAGACACACUGGUGCAGCACCAGAAAAUCCACACUGGAGAAAGACCUUAUGAGUGUGGCGAGUGUGGAAAAUUCUUCAGUCACAGCUCCAACCUCAUUGUCCACCAGAGAAUUCACACGGGAGCGAAGCCUUACGAGUGCAGUGAGUGUGGGAAAUGCUUUAGCCACAACUCCAGCCUCAUUCUGCACCAGAGGGUCCACACCGGCGCCAGGCCUUACGUGUGCAGUGACUGUGGGAAGGCCUAUAUCAGUAGCUCCCAUCUUGUGCAACAUAAGAAAGUUCACACUGGAGCGAGACCUUAUGAGUGCAGUGAAUGUGGGAAAUUUUUUAGCCGCAACUCGAGCCUCAUUCUACACCAGAGGGUGCACACCGGAGAGAAGCCUUACAUCUGCAGCGAGUGUGGGAAGGCCUACAGCCGGAGCUCCCAUCUCGUCCGGCACCAGAAAGUUCACAAUGGAGAAAGGCAUCUGAGUGCGGCGGUUCUGGUGGCCAUUUAGCUUUCUGUGGCAGCAGAAAGCUCGCACUAGAGAAGAGCUGUCGGUGCAGAAAAUGCUCUCUCCCUGUGCAGCCUAGGGGGACCCACCACAGAAAAGGUGGGCGCACCCUUUGUGAGGGAGCCGGCAGCCUGCAGGUGCACCUGUUGCGUUCUGAUGUCCGCUGUGGGGGAAGCCCAGUAAGUACCACAGAGACCCACCUCCACAACCUGAGAAGCACUUUCUGAGCCGUCCAGGACUCUCCACAGAGUGAUGUCACUUCCAGUGCCUGCGGCGGAAGCCUCGGGGCCGCCAGCUCUUCAGCAUUUGACAGCGUGCGGCUGUCAGCCCCGCGUGCUCGGGGAAGGCAGACCCCGGGACCCCUGGACCCACCGAGUCCUGGGAAGGCAUCACUGCUGUUCUGGCCCCGCUGGCACGCGCCUCAUUUCCUCGCCUCUGACUGUGCUCUGCGUGCAUGUCAUCUUCCUCUGGCCCAAGGGAUCUGAGCCGGAGUCCUCUGGGAGUGUCCGGGUGAGAUUUUCCUUGUGCGUGGACAGUGUUGGGUGUUGACUGCAGUCGCCCAGAUUUUCUCAUCCUGCGUCCGCACACCCAGUUGAGAGUGCGCGUCCCUCGCUGGUCUGGUGUGUGCUGUGGGGAAGGCCUGUGUGGCAGUUUUUACUCGGGGGUGGAAUGUGGAGGGAGCCGUGCACUCUGUGGAAUGGUUUGAGAAGAACUGCUUCCAGUCCGCGUGCAGGGAAGAGCACGUUUUGUCAGCAUGACUUCAUGCCUCUGAGGGCGCACCAGGUUGGCAGAGGACAGACCUCAGCCUGGUUUGGCCUAACUGCUUUGUUGCCCGGAGCUUGUUUGAAGCUGAAGAGCUUUGUGCACCUAAUCCUUUGAUCUGGAAGUCAGGAUUUGCUGUGAGUCCAGAGUUCAUUCUGAGGAGGGCAUACCUGAAAAGUUCCCGUGCUUCUGGAAGUGACCUGAAUCGGCACCUUGUUCCUAGGGAAUGUCCCAUAUUCCCUGUUACUUUUUUGUUUUUUAAGUUGGACCAGUUGACUUUUUUCUUUUUUAGAUUGAUUUAUUUAUGCAUACAAGAACUGGGGUACAGGCCAGAGGUGUGGGGGGAGGUGAGGAUGUAACAGAGACAAAGUGGGGAGGGAACAGAGCAGGCAGAUCCUCUGGAAUCCACUGCUGAGGGGAGCAGCAGGGAGACAGGAGAGGUCUGCUGCGCCAUGUGGGUUGUUCCCUGGCUGGGGAUUGAACUUGUGCUGCAGAGGCUGCGGACAGCUUCACAAGUUGUGUCCUAACCCCUUGUGCCACCAGGGAGGCCCCCUAAUUCCCUGUUGCUUGUGAGGAAUUUUAUCUCUUGGGCCUGUGCAGGAGCCAGUCCCCGAUGUCCAGCAUCCCACAGGCAGGUGUCAGCGACGGGAAGGCGUGCAGGGCGACGCGGGCUGGGGUGAUGGCGUGGGGGGCGUGGCAGAUGAGAGGGCAGGCGGGUGCUCCAACGGAGGCUUCUGCAGAUGUCCAUGCUCCUUAGGCCAUGUGGGAGGAGGGUGGACAGAAAUUCUCAGCAGCUUCACACCUGAAUCUCCCGUGGGCAGUGCCUCUUACCCUGUAAAGUGCAUCAUGUAAGGUUUGUGACUUCUGUGCUGUGAACCCUGUGGCUGUCACAGCACGUGCACAAACCCUGGUACUGACCAAGGAGAUGCAGGGGUAGGGCUUCUCCAGCCCAGCAGCCUUCCUAGUGACUGCUUUCCAGUUUGUUUGUUUUUAAGAUUUACUUAAAGAUUUUAAGAUUUACUUAUGCACACAAGACCUGGGGUACAGGCCAGAGGUGAGGGGGCUGAGGGCAUUCACCAGAGACAGAGCAGGGAACAGAACAGGCAGACUGAAACACACUGCUGAGGGGAGCAGCGGGGGAGACAGGAGAGGUCUGCUGUGCCAUGUGGGUAGCUCCCUGGCCGGCUGUAGAGGUUGUGGAUUGCUUCACAGUGCUGUGCUUAACCCCUUGCGCCACCAAGGAGGUCCUCAUUGCUUUCCAGUUGUUGCUGACAUUGAGGCAGGGGGCAGGGCUCACCAAACUUGUGGGGAGAGAGGAAUGGUAGAGCCAAAAAUUACAGGUGUCACUUUCCAAGAAGGAUACCUAAUGUGGAUUUUUAUGGGCAACAUUUAGUUCUUUUUUUUUUUUUAAAAGAUUUAUUUAUUUAUGCAUUAAGAGUUGGGGGACAGGCCAGAGAUGAGGGGGGCAGGGGGGGCAGUGAGAGGAUUCACCAGAGAGUAGGGAACAACUGGCAGACUGACAGAAACACACUGCUGAGGGGAGCAGCGGGGAGACAGCAGAGGUCUGCUGUGCCCUGUGGGUAGCUCCCUGGCUGGAGAUGGAACUCGUGCUGCAGAGGCUGCGGCCAGCUUCAUAGGUUGUGUCUUAACCCCUUGCGCCACCAGGGAGGCCUUUAGUUCUUAACGGGAACAUUUAGUUCUUAACAGCUUUAUUGCGAUGUGUUUGACAUGAAAUAAACUGCACGGAUGUAGUGUGUGGAACGUGUUCUGUUCCGGCGUGUGCAUAUGCCCGGAAGCCAGCAGCACAGUGAAAAUGAUGGGCGUACCCAGCCCAGCCAGCUGAUUCCCUGAGUUCCUUUUUUAAUCCUUGCCUCUGGUCCUUUCUGAACCUCCCAUCCCACAACUCACAAGCAACAGCAAGCAUUUUCUAGAAACCAAAUCUUGGUGUAUACUUUCUGAGGGGACGGAACAUUGGCAUAUUUUCUCUAACCAUACUGUGUUGAGAUUUAUUCAUCUCGUUGCAUGUACCAAUAGUUUGUCGUUUUGUAUUGUUGAGUAGUAGUCCAUUACGUGGAUAUACCACCGUUAUUUUUUAUUCAUUUCGUUGUUAGUGUAUGUUUCCCACUUUGGGCUGUAAGAAAUAAAGCUGCUUGAAUAUUUGUGGUCAAGUUACCACUAAUACUCUCUGGUGUGGAUGUACCACAGUUUGUUACCCAUUCACCUACAGAAGGACAUCGUUCUUGCUUCUGAGUUUUAGCGAUUACGAACAAACCUGCAGUGCACAUUUCUGUAGGCUUUGGGUUGACAUAACUUCAAUUCAUUUGGGUUUAAAACAAGGAACCUGGUUUAGUGGUUAUAGAGUAAGAGUAUGUUUACUUGUGUAAGCAACUUUUCCUAAGGGGCUGUACCAUUUUGUAUUCCACCAGCAAUGACAGUUCUAGUGCUCCAGGUCCUCGUCGGCAUUUGGUGGUGUCUGUCCUUGUUGCUUUAAUUUGUAGUUCCCUGGUGACAUGGUAAGUAUUCCUUCGGACAAAGUAUUCCUUUGGACAGUGUCUAUUCAGGGCAGAAGUUCUUGCUUUUAAUCCAGUUAAGUUUACCUAAGUUUUCUUUUGUGGCUGUGUUUUUGGUGUAAUCAGAAGUCAUUGCCAGAACGAGGGUCUCAGUUUUUUCCUGUGUUGUUCUAGGUGUUUGGUAGUUUUCUGUUUUGCCUUUAGGUCUGUUAUCCAUUUUGAGAUAAUACCUGUGAAAGGUGUAAGACUUGUGUCUAACUCACUUUUUUUUAAAGAUAUAUUUAUUUAUGCAUACAAGAGCUGAGGUUCAGGCCAGAGAUGCGGGGUGUGUGAGAGAGGAAUCACAGAGACAGAGUGAGGAACAGAACAGGCAGAUUGACUGAAACACACUGUUGAGGGGAGCAGCGGGGAGACAGGAGAGGUCUGCCUUGCCAUGUGGGUUGCUCCCUGAGUGGCCGGGGAAUCGAACUCAUGCUGCAAAGGCUGCAGAUUGCUUCAUAGUGCGGUGCUUAACCCCUUGUGCCACCAGGGAGGCCCUAAUUCAUGUUUUAAACAUGUGGAUAUCCAGUCAUUUCUGUACCAUUUCUUGAAAACACCAUCCCUUCUCCAUUGAAUUGCCUUUGUCUUUUUGUCACAGGUCAGAUGACUAUUUUUUUAUAUGCCCAAAUUCUGUUUUGAUUUUUUCCAUUUAUGAAGAUAAUCAUUGUGUGGGUGAGCAUGUGUUGUCUUUCAUUUUAAUUUAUGUGAUACAGUCCAUUAGUUGCCGUACAGAUGUUACACUAACUUACAUUUUCUGGGACAAAUGCCCCUUGGCCAUGAUGUGUCAUCCUGCGUAUAAGUUGGCAAAUCAGGUUUUUUUUUAAUAUUUUGUUAAUGUAUUCGCAUCUGUAUUGAUGACAGAUAAUGGGUUUGUAGAUUUCUCGUGAUAUCUGCCUGACUCUGGUAUGGAGUAAUUCUUUUUCUCUUGAGUAUUUUAUUGCUUGUAUAAUCCUAUAGAAAUCUAGCUAGUCAUAUCUAUCUAUACCUGUAUAUGCAUUUUUAAUGAAGUAUAGUUGACUCCCAACAUUGUAGUUUCAACAGAAUCGUACAAUGUGUGUUUAAGCUCCCUUUACUAUGGCCCUGAGGAGUGGGGGGCAGAGCACGGAAGUAAACUGCCAGGUUAAAGACGAGAGACACCUCGCGGUCCUUGGCUCAGGCCUGACCACACUCCCCCUAUUGUGUGUUUUCUGACCCAGAAUUUUGUUUGUUUUGUUUUUAGAUGGCACAAAGAUGUGAAAUCAUGCCAUCAUUGUUUCUCUGUUCUCUCACUUGUUUCUCGUAUAACGUACUGCCCUCGUUUCAUCCAUGUUGUCACACGUGUGUGUGAGAGAGACACACACAACAGUGGCCUUUCAGAAUUUAAUUUGGUUGCCUGUGCAUACUAAUAAAAAAUAUCUAUUGGA